UAACACACGCAGCCUGGCUAUCCAUACUCACAAACGCAAAAAGGAGACAUGACGGAGUUUGAUGAUCGCAGCAACUGUGCGUCAAAUAUGUAUUUGCCGAGUUGUACAUAUUAUGUCUCAGCACCAGAUUUUUCGACAGUGUCAUCGUUUUUACCACAAACUACUUCGUGUCAAAUAAACUGUCCCUAUUCUUCAACUAUAACACAAAUACAACCUGUACGGGACGUGGCUUUCAGAGACUAUGGACUUGAACACCCUACUAAAUGGCAUUAUAGAGGCAACUAUGCUUCUUACUACUCAACAGACGAUCUAAUGCACAGAGAUCGAAUCCAGUCAUCGACUCGAACGGAAAUGUUUCGAAAGAAUGACUCCGUGUAUAAUCACCAGGGGAGCUCGGAUGCAUCAUGCAAUUUCUUCACCAAUGUUGGACGAAAUGGAGUUCUUCCUCAAGGAUUUGACCAGUUUUUUGAGACUGCUGGUAAUACCCCUGAAAAGACAAACGCCGAUCAUUCGAGAGAAAAGACAGAGUCCAGUUUCCCGGGAGAUACUCCUUAUAAAGACCAGGAGAAGCAACCCACAACCGAAAACAUCGACGAUGAAUCUCCUUUAUCUAAUUGCGCUGAAGAAAAGAGCAGCGGCUCAACUUCUUCGAGAUCAAGAAAAAAGCGAUGCCCCUACACCAAAUACCAGAUAAGAGAACUUGAAAGACAAUUUUUCUUCAACGUGUACAUAAACAAAGAAAAGCGUCUGCAGUUAUCCAGGAUGCUAAACCUUACGGAUCGACAAGUGAAGAUCUGGUUUCAGAACCGAAGAAUGAAAGAGAAGAAACUGAACAGGGAUCGGCUUCAGUAUUUUACUGGAAACCCCUUAUUUUGACAAAUUAGCAAAAGGUGAAAACAGUUAUAUAUGCUACUAUCAAUACCUGCAAUAAUAGGACUAGACAUAUACUUUAAGCAUUGGAGUCCUAAACACAUGUGAAAGAAAACUUGACUAUGACUAACUUUAUCAACUAUGCAAACCUGAAGCGUAUGGUAUUAGAUACUUAAUCCUAUUACCUCGAGAGAAAAAAAUAUUACUUUACAAGUCCCUCACGUGUGAAAAUGUAUCAACUCCAGACAAUUACAUUAUAGGACGUCACCGCCACAAUCAACAUAUUAGUUUUUUAUAUAAUGCUGUGUAUUAGUUUUAUAUUUAGUUGUGUGUCUACCCAUAUGUGUGUGUAAGUGUUUGUGUGUG